AUGGCCUUGCUGAAGAGAAGAGUUGACCGGUGGAUGGCGUGGCAGCAAGAUGGAGGGGAAAUCGUGGAGAACAGACGUGGGGAAUUGCAGACUUCAAUUGAAGACAAAAGGAUGAAGGAAAGGCAAGAGCAGAAGCUGCUUCCAUAUCAAGGCAAUUAUCAUUGCCAAAGAGGUUUUGAGCAGAGCGGUACUUGUGUGAAGUCUGGAAGCCCCGUGUUGCUUCGAGACCCAUCAGAUAUAAAUGUUAUACCAGUUGUUGAGGAGCUCCAACGGCGAUUAGCUGUAAAUGCCAUAUGCCAGGGUCAAGAUGAUGCAGAAGAGUACUCUCAUGUACAGAAUGAUGUUGAAGCUGGGGAAGAUGAUGAGUCUCCAUUUGAAUUUCGCGCCGUGGAGGUAGCUUUGGAAGCAAUUUGUAGCUUUCUUGCAGCACGUACUACUGAAUUGGAGACUGCUGCUUAUCCUGCUUUAGAUGAGCUCACCUCAAAAAUUAGCAGCCGUAACUUGGAUAGGGUUCGUAAAUUGAAGAGUGCGAUGACAAGGCUAACAUCAAGGGUGCAAAAGGUAAGGGAUGAGCUUGAGCAACUACUAGAUGAUGAUGACGAUAUGGCUGACUUGUAUUUGUCAAGAAAACAAGUUGGUGCAUCUUCCCCUAUAAGUGGUUCAGGAGCCCAAAAUUGGUUUCCUGCUUCCCCUACCAUUGGCUCAAAAAUAUCUCGAGCCAGUAGGGUGAGUGUGGCAACAGUUCGUGGAGACGAAGAUGAUGUUGAGGAGUUGGAAAUGUUACUUGAGGCUUACUUUAUGCAAAUUGAUGGCACAUUGAACAAGCUGACAACACUUCGGGAAUAUAUCGACGACACUGAGGACUACAUUAACAUCCAGCUUGAUAAUCACCGGAAUCAGCUAAUUCAGCUAGAGCUCUUCCUGAGUUCAGGAACUGUUUGUUUGUCCAUCUAUUCUUUGGUUGCUGGCAUUUUUGGCGUGAACAUACCUUAUGAUUGGAACACUAACCAUGGCUACAUGUUCAAAUGGAUAGGCCUGAACCUUUGAUUAGUAACUUCAUCGUCUCAUCUCCUUCUCGACUUCUCUUCUUGAUUUCACUUUUCCUUAAAAAAGAAAACUGUGUCCUAAUGCUGGUAGGUCGUGAUCCUGACUGGAACCGCUUGCGCAUUGUUAUUCAUCCUCAUAAUUGCAUACGCUCGUCAUAAGGGAUUGGUUGGAUCUUGACUUUGCAUCUCUCAAGCUGGCCUUUCGGACGACUAAAGGGCAGGGCCAUGAGGAUGGACUUUGUUUUGAUUCGGAUAGCCGAAAACUGUUAUACUGGUGUGGCUGAGGUUGUUGGUGCGCCCUCUCAUUUCCCAUUUGAAUUGACAAACCAUGCAAGGAAAAAUACCUCAGGACAGUAUUCAUUAGCAGCAAUUGUGGAUAAAGCUUAUAGGGAACCAUUUUUCUCCUCUUAUUUACACAAAUUUUCCUGAUUUCACACAGGAUAAUUGGGUGUACCACAGAUCUUGUUACACACGAUACUUGUAACUAACCUUCGCAUAAUUGGUAUUUACAUAGUACACAAUUCUUGGUAGAUUCUUAUGGUGUUCUCUUUUGGAGGUGAAUUUGCGUAACUUGUAGGAUCAUCUUGCUCAAUCUAUUCAAAGCCCUUACGAUAUAAAUGCUGCAUGUAUUUGA